AUGUACAAAGCCGAUCGAUUGACAAUUUGUGAUACCGACGUCGUCAGACUGGAUCAUCACUACCAACUAAAGAGUAGCAGCGGCAACAAACCCACAGAGCUUCGAGCUAACAACAACAUUUCAUCUCCAACAGCCACAACGACAACAGCGGCAGCAGCAGGAAACACCGGCAGCCGACUGCAACAGUUAAAUGGUACCCACUUGCCAGCUACCUCCUCACCCGGAGCGACGUCUGGAGGAGGAGGAGGAGGAGGAGGAUCGUCACUUGUAAUAUCAUCACCUUCUUUUUCACCAAAGAAGAAGUACUACGCCAAUACACCUCCUCCUUCUUCCAAUUCCUCCCCCUCUUAUCCAAAUUCACCAAAGGAUGUAGCUACAUCUCCCAAUAACAAUAAUAAUAAUAAUAAUAAUGGUAGCGCCUCAAAGAAUAAUAAUGCGAAUCAUCUUGGAAAUAAUAAUAACAAUAACAAGACCAACAUUGCACCCAAUUCGAUUGUCGGCGGCGACAAUACAUCACAAACAACAACAGCAUCAUCAACAACAGGGUCAAUACCAACUAUAGUUGACGAAAGCAACAUGAAUGGUAAAGCAAACAAAAAGAAAAAGAAAAAGAAAUCACCACUUUUGAAUGGAAGUAGUAAUGGAGUUGCCACUUCUGCUGGUAAUGGUGGAAGCAAUAGUCCCACUGGAAAUGGACAACAACAACAACCAUCCCAGUCUGCCUCCUCUCAACCAACCUCUGCUUCUUCCUCCACUUCUUCCACUUCUUCUUCUUCUUCUUCAUCAUCAACAACAACUGCACAACCAAAUCCACUUUCGUCAUCCACUUCAUCAACAUCAUCUGGUAAUUUAUUAUCAACUUCUUCAUCAUCGUUGAUUAAAAAAGAGAUACCACCUGAUGACACUGAAUGGACCUCACGCACUCUAUUCAUCCACAAUAUAAUGCCCGAUAUGAACGAAUCGCAUAUAAGGAAGUUUUUAAAUACCGAUAUCCCCUAUCAAUUCCAUAAAUCAACAAAACCGAAUCAAUUGUACAUACUAUUUAAUCAUCCUUCCCAAGCCAAACAGGUUUUCUACUGUAUCAAUGGAAAAAGAAAAAUUGAUGUAAGUAAUGGGGGACAACCAUGCGUAAAAUUAAUGUUUGGAGGAGAAUACAAGACAGUUAUUAGAGGUACAAAUCCGGAUCCAUUCCCAAUGUUUGGACAUUUCCAACCAAUGACUUCAUCGGGAAUAUUUGAUAGUGCUGGUACACCCACGGCAGCAACUGCUACCGCUACUACCACUACUAGUAGUAGUACUACUAGUACUACAUCGGGUACGACCAGUUCGGGUAGUCCAUUAAUCAACAACAUUGUGAGUACUACGGGUAUUGGUGCAAGUGGAACUGCGUUGGCUGGCGGUGGCGGGUCGUCAUUUAUCGACAAUCCCUUUACACACCACUCCAUGUCGCAGCCAUCGUACUAUGACCAUCCAUCCUCUGUAACUCUAUUAAAUGACUUUUACUCCUCUCAACCUUCGACCAUCACGUCGCCCACUGGCACCAACACCUCGACACCGAUCAUCCCAUACAACUUUGAUCCAAUUGUCGAGUACACUACUAGCAGUACCGCCAACAGCACCACCUCCUCCCCCUCACAACAACUGUUUAAUAGGGCCUCCUCGAUGAACCAGAGCAGUCCCUACUUGCAAAUCCAGUCGACACAAACCAACCAACAACAACACCAGUCGAUUGGCUCGCUAUCACAUCUUCACCACCACCAGCAGCAGCAACCCGCCAGUGGCAGCAGCGCUGCGUCGCAGUUCCAUCAGCAACAACAAAACGACCGCUUUCAGAGAGACCAACAACAGCAGCAGCAGCAGCAACAACAGCAACAAUUGUACCAAUCCACUUAUAACCAGUACAAUCCACAGUCCUCGUAUCAACUUGGGUAUAAUCAACUUGGCUAUUCGCAGCUGGGAUACCAUCAACCAACACAACAACAACAGCUACAACAACAACAACAGCCAUUGUCACCACACCAUCAUCACUCUCAACAACAACAACAACAUUUGCAACAGCAAACACAGACAACAAGCUACAGCGCCGGCAUCAAACCACAACAGCCGCCACAGUCGCAUCAUCACCACCAUCAUCAACAACAUAUACAACAACAACAGCAGCAGCAGCAACAGCAACAACAACAGCAGCAAUCUGCACACCAUGCACACGCACACCAUCAUCACCAUAGUCAUGCCAAAAAUCAAAUCGAUGGCUACCUCAAUAUCCUCGAAACGCUCAAAGACGACCAGAUACUCAUUUACCCUGCCAACUCACUCAGCACGUUGCAGCGAGUGUCGACAUUCAACUUUAAAAAGUUCCCAGCGAUUUUCAGCCACACAAGUCAGACCAAGGACACUGAAACCAAGGCUACACUCGUGACUGGCUUUAUCCGCGACUUUGAAGACCGCAAAAACACCAUCUCGGCUCCAACAUCGUCGAUUCUCAAGCAACAGCAAGACCACGACUCGUACCAACAGCAGACACAGCAGCAACAACAACAGGCGCACAAUGGAGUGUUCUAUUUCUGGUGCUAUGAAAAGAGCACACCGACACUCCACAUGAUCAGUAACCUCAACUCGAGUUACUUGCGCGAGCGUUGUGGGCGUCUGUCGAUCCUCAUCUUGACCGACUUUUCGCACGACAAUAGUUAUGCCAUUGGUACGAUCCAGUUCUUUAGCGGGUCGCCUCUUGAUGCACUCACCAUUACCCGAUGCAUCUUGCUCAACCACCAGGUCUUCCACAGCGAACACUUUCCAUCAGAGCUCGAGCAAGAGUUUGACGAUUGGACCAUCUCACUCGAGGAGGAGAAACGUCGUGUCGAUCUGACACACCUCUUCCCCGUGACAAUUGACCCACCCUCGUCGACCGAUCUCGAUGACGCACUCAGCUUUAGAGUGUUGGACGAGCGUCAUGAAGGUUUGGCCGUCUUUGAGAUUGGUAUUCACAUUAGUGACGUCUCGCACUUUCUCGACAAGAACAGCAGUCUUGAUCUCGAGGCAGAGUUUCGUCUCAACACGAUCUAUCUUGUUGGCAGCGUCAUUCCGAUGCUACCCAAGAACCUGUCGAGCAACGCCUGCUCACUCAAACUCUUCCAGAAGCGAUACUGUUUCUCGUUGCUCAUAAAGGUGCGUUCCGACGGCAAGAUCAUUGACAACCAGUUUUGCAAGAGUUACCUGCGAUCAAUGGGUCACAUGUCCUAUGAAAAGGCACAAAAGGUGAUCAACAAGUUCAAGGAACAGCACUCUUCGCUGGCCGAGUACGCCAACAACAAAAUCUGUCUCGAUAUUCCCAAGACGGACAAGUCGAUCGGCUCCAUCCUCGAGCAGCUGUCGGCCGGUCAGCCAUCGGCAGAUAUCGAGGAGCGCGUGACACAGUCCAUCUGGGGAAUGUACUUGAUCAGCAGUCUGCUCAACAACCUGCGUCGCGAACGUGGUGAGAUUUUUGAUAUUGGUAGCAACAUCAACUUUGAACUGUCGGUUGAUGGCACACCCUUUGCCGUCAACACCCUACCUAAACUAGAGAGUCACGUACUGGUGCAAGAAUAUAUGCAUAUCGCAAAUAAUCUUGCUGCCAUUGCUCUCCUAAAGGAUGAAAUCAUCGACUUUGGUAUCCUUUAUUCCCCAUGUCCUCUAAACACUCAUCAAUCCUCGUUCAAGGACAAGGAGAAACCAAUUAAAAAGCAGUCAACCGAAUCGGAUGGCUCUGAAAAGAGUAGUAAUAAUAAUACUGCUACAUCAAAAGAUGAAGCUGUAGUAGAUAAUAAUACUACUACUACUACUACGACAACUACCACCUCCUCAUCAUCCUCCUCUUCCUCCUCCUCCUCCUCUGCUACUACAACUACCACACCAGCAGUAAAAGAUAAUUUAUCAAAUCUAUUUAUUACAUCGUCACAAUUAGACAAUCUGAAAUUCAAUAUGGAGGUUUCCUGUGACAAGAUUGAUUUCAACGAUGAAAUCGAUGAUCAAGAUGACAACUAUGUCUCUCAACAAAUCGAUGUCUUCCUUUCGGUAGAACCAUUCGUCCUCUUCCGUAAUGGUUUAAUUCCAAAGGUCAAGGUAUCAAAAAAUCCUCCCUUCCUUUAA